AUGCCAAAUAUCGAUUGGAAAAAUAAAAUAAAACGCAAAGGACUGGGGCAAGCGCCCCAAGAAGCCAGUGAGAAUAUUAAUAAUCCUGAAUUAGCACCAAAAGAUAACCGCUUUACCGGACGGACUAAACAAUUAGGGUUAAAGGUUAAACCGGAAUUCCUAAAAAGAUUAAAGCAAACGGCCUUGGAGGAGGAUUGUUUUAUUGUUGAGUGUUUAAAGUUAGUUUCGGAAACUGAAACGGAUAAUUGCGACAAAUGUGACAAAAGUUUUUGUGUAGAAUGCUUAACUUAUCACGGAGAAAAAGAUAGUGAGGGAGAGUUGGCUUUUUGUGGGAAGUGUGAGAGAGAAUAA